AUGGCCAAUGGUGUCAGACAUGGACCAAAGGGGGAACCAGACAGGCCCGUUCUAUCAGCCCGGAACCAAAUAGAAGGGAAUUCCUAUCGGAUCUACUUUGAGGAUGUUGAGAGCGGAGACAGUCCGAUCCUGAAAUACAACAUCAGGUACAGAGAGGAGCAAGCUUCUCAUUGGCUCAAUGACAGGGUCAAUGCGACUGAUUACUACUUACUGAAGAAUCUCAAAUGGGGGACACAUUACCACGUCGAAGUCGAAGCUGAAAACGAGAUCUCUGUAUCAAAGCAUCGGCUGAUAAACUUCACUACUCCUGAGGAUCCACAUCCGCCUCUCCCUGUGAAUUCCGCGAUUGGGGACAACACCAAGCUCGGCACCGGAGGGAUUAUUGGGAUCAUCCUGGUGAUUUUCCUGGUGGCAUUUGCAGCAGUGGAUGUGGCCUGUUACUAUACCAACCGGUGUGGAAUCCUCAUGUGUAUUGCUGUCAACGUCCUUGGCAGGCAGGACCCUGGGGCAAAGAGGCUGGACCAGGAGGUGGGGGUCAGUGUGGUCAGGGUGAAGGGACAUGGUAACCUGACAGAUUCCCUUGAGGUCCAGAAAAUUAAAACCAAGAGAUCGAGUGACAAGUUACCCCUCACCAAAUCUGAGACUGCGCCUGUGCAGGGCAGUGCAGUGAACCAGCUCUGAGAGACUGUCUUCAUCCUUCUCCGACCCUUCCUCCAUCCCACUGAGUGUCCCCUCACCUUCGCACCCACCCACCCAUCCUCCUGUCUCUCUCCCUGUCCCCGUCCCCUCAGUGCCUGCUGAAUGGAGGAGACGCCAACAGGAACCAAUGGGAUGUCUGAGCAACCAGCAAGGAAUUGUUAAAGUCAGCAACCCCUUCUCCUCUGGCUCCCUCUGUCUCUCCCUCCAUCCCUCACUCACCGGGGGGGGGGCGCAGGGGGAGCUGACUGGGCGGUGAUCGGGAUUCUUUGAGUCUGAAACGAUUCCAGAGACUGACUGACUCUUUUUUUAGCCUUGGAAACCAGGCCUUGACACUAGGCCUCGCCGGCAGCCAUUUUGUUUGAGUAACUAGACUGGAUCCCUUUUCAAACUCAGCCUCGGCUGUCCCCUGGCUUGGUCAGAAACUAUUACCCACCAACACCACCCGGGAGGGGCACUUUGUGAAGAGUGGCCACAACGUCUACCUGCAUUUAUGGAGCACCUGUCGGCAACCACAUUCCCCAGACGGGUCUCCAACCCCAUCAGUCAGUCAAUGGCGAGCCAAUCAACAAACGCGAUACUGUGGGGAAGGAGAAGAUCGGCCAAUGGAGUCCCGUUUGAACGAAAUUCUUUCGGGAUGAUGGACAGAGAGGCAACUCCUGAGCUCAGGACCCCAGGCAGCUAAAGGCACGGCCCCCAGUGGCGGAGUGAAGGGAACUGGGGGGAUGCUAGAGAGGCUGAGAUCGGAGGGUGUUACAGAGAUAGGGAGGGUGUG